UAGAUGUGAUGCUUGUCAGUUCCAUUGUUUACAUUCAGCAUUUGCUCAUUUGCUCUCUAAACACUAUGAAGUUUACUCAUUUACUCACGCACGCUAUUCACGGUGCACGCUACAUACCACAGACUAUAGAAUGACAUUAACAAAGAGUGGAAACAGAGAGCGAACAAAGAGAGACUUAUGAAUCAGCUGUAUUUUGACACUUGCCAGUAGUGAGAGAUAGACUAAAGAAUAAACAUACAUGCAGCAACUAUUUCCAUAAAAGAACUAAACAAUAAAUUUACAUUUAUUUCAUUUUGUUUUUGGAUAAUUUUUUAAUCCAGUCAAAUAUUAUUGUUUCGUAUAUUUAUUUGUUGAUGAAUUAUUCUGUUCUGAAUUAAAUUUCGUGCUGUGGUGAUUAUUUAACGAGCAAAAUAAAAAUGGCAUCUGGUUUAUCAAUUGAUAAUUGUUUGAUACAAGUUCGUUCUAACUUACAAGGAGACGGCAUAAAACUUUGGUUGGAACCAUACUAUACAGAAGGAAUUGGACCAAAUGAACAAGAGUUAGAGAAAUUGGCAACUCAGUUGGCACAGACUGUCAAUAUUCCAUACAAUUAUUGCUUAAUGGCCAUUAAUGAAUUACAAGCGAAUGCUAUCGACAAGUUAAAAGCACGUGAUCUCUUCAAGGAUACUGGAGUUGCAACAAUAAAAGUGCGUGUUCCAGACAAAAACAAUGGCGGACGCAUAAUCACUGUAAAGCUAAAACUAAGUCUUCUGAAUGAAGAUUUGUAUACAGAAGUUGGUGUUCAUUUGGACCUUGACCCAAACAAACUAAAGUUAAUUAGUGCUGGUAAAAUGUUGAAUCGUUUGCAAACAUUACAAGACUCGGGUAUUCAAAAUAAUCAGCAAAUUAUGGCCAUUGUUUUGGAAAUGGAUGCAAAUGAAGCCUGUAGACAAAAUGGCGUGUUUGAUAAAUUGCAAGAGGCAAAACAAGAUGCAUCGAAACUUUUACACAAAGGCGAUUCAUACAUGGAUAUUGAAGAUCAGGAUGGUAAUUUGAUUCACAUCCCACCAGAGGAGAAAAAGGCGAUAAUGAUGGCAUUAGCAAUUCAUGAAAAAGGUCGUGCUGCUUUACGACGAAAUGCAUUCAAUGAAGCGCUUAUCUUUCUAUUGGAAGCUGAUAGUGAAUAUCGCAUAUGUAAUUCUCAAUUAUUGGAAACCGUUGACAAUUAUGCCCUUUUGAACCUUGAUAUCGUCUGGUGCUACAUCAUGCUCAAGAGCAUUAGCCAGUUGCCAGACGCUGAAAAUCGCUUGUUAAUUUGCGAAAGACAUUUCAAAAAGAGUUAUGGUGAAAACUUAGACCGAGUUAUGACAUUAAAAGGCAACGCUGCCAACGAACGUGCUCUUAUCAUGCGCAUGCAUUUACUCCAAGCCAUUUUAAAUUUUCACAAGAACCAAAGGAAUGUGGCGUUCGAAUUGAUUUCACUUGCAAAUCUUGAAUGGCAACAGCUUCAAGUGGAUGACAAAUUAGUGGAAUCGUUGGUGGAAAUGGGUUUCACCACCACCGAAUCACGCACUGGAUUGCGUGCAUGUGCCAACAAUAUAAGCGAAGCAAUCGCUUUUGUUUCCGAACGUCGCGAACAAUUGAAAAAAGCACGAAAUUUGGGUCGACAACAACGUCGCACCAAAAAUAAUUUGGUGAAAACAAACAAUUGCACAUGGGUCAAUCCGCGCACACUGCAUUCACUAUGUGAAAUGGGUUUUGAUAAAGACUUAAGUGCAGUUGCACUUCAGAAAACCGACAAUGAUAUAGAUCAAGCGAUUUUAUUGUUGCAACAAAGUCAACCCGAAUUGCGUGAUGAACUCGAAAAAACUAUUAAGCCAGAUGAAUUAUUGUGUGAACAAAUUUCAAAUAUGGGCUUUGACGUUGAGUUGAUUAGAGAAGCAUUGAAAGAGAAUGCAAAUGAUAUGCAAAAAACCAUUGAAAACCUAUUGAAAAUGCAGGCCGAUGGUACGUAUGAAAAUACUCUCAAGGAAGUUCUUGAAAGGGUAGCAACAAAACAAAAUACAACCGAUCAACCGUCAACAUCACGUUCAAAUCCGAGCGAAACUGCAAAUAGGGCUGCCCAAAUUCUUGCUGAGCAGGAAGCCUAUGACCGUUUCGCCGAAGACCUGGUAACGGAGGAUAAUGCUUAUCUUGAUCUGCCAUUGAUUGAAGAACGUGCCUUACUUGAUGAAUACCAGAAAAUGCUUAACAUGUAAAAAGCAUUCUGAAUAAAAAUGGGUACAGGGGGUCGUAAGCCCGGAUAGCCUCCUCUUAAAUCAUUCUAGCUACCUCCACCCCCUAGGCGACAGCUAAGUUUAGACCAUUUUUUAGCUCUCUUCAAAUUUAGUUUUUUGAUUGAUCGCUGGACCAUCAUCUAGCACUAAAUUUUUUCCGUCCCCAUUCUGAAGAAUUGUAUAUUCGCUAAAUAUAUUGUAUAAUACCCAUUAAAAAAAAUCGAAAUUGUACAAACGAAAUGAUUUGUAUUCAAGAAUGCAAUACGACCUUGCCAAUAAAUUGCAUCUUGA